UACUUUUGAUAAGAUUGUGUUGGCGCGAUAGAUGGAACCCACAAAGAAGCUUGGGUACCCAACGAUAUGCAAAUUGCAUUUCGUGGAAGAAAAACCACGAAAAUGCAGAAUAUAUUGGCUGUGUGUUCCUUCGGCAUGAAGUUCACAUUCGUGUACCCAGGUUGGGAAGGUAGCGCACACGACGGGCGUGUGUUCUUAGCAGCAACCACGAAUCCGUCCUAUAUGUUCCCACACCUACCAGUCAAUAAGUACUAUGUCGUCGAUUCUGGAUACACCAACAUGGUAGGGUAUCUGGCUCCAUACAAAGGACAAAGAUAUCACAGGGACCAUUGGAAUGGGGCUAAUACAAUAUUCGCCACACCACAAGAGCUAUUCAACUAUAAGCACUCAUCGUUGAGGAAUGUAAUCGAAAGAUGCUUUGGGGUGUUGAAAGCGAGGUUUCCAAUACUGAAGUCAAUGCCAAGUUAUAGCCCAGCCCGUCAGCCAUCGAUUGUUAUGGCGUGUUGUGUUGUCCACAAUAUGAUCGUAAUCCACAAAAGGAGAGAUGAAUAUUUCGAUGGUUAUAUGGAAGCGGACGAAUGGGAGGGAGAUAGUGAUGAUGAUGGUGGUGGUGACGGCCAAGUAGAGCUUGUCAACACGUCUCCUUAGAGUGUGCAAAUGAUGGGAAAUAGGCGGGACGAAAUGACUAUUGCUAUGUGGGAUGCAUAUUGAUUUUCAUUCAUAGGCCUUGUGUGUUUGAUCGCAUUUUUAACGUUGUACUUUAAAAUGGUAGGGAUUGUAAUGUUAUUUGUAGGACUUGUAAUUUGAGGCCAAUCUUCUAUCCAAGUUAUCUUUU